AUGGAGUCUGCAUCAUCUCAUGGAGACCGCACACCACCCCAGCUGAACUCCUACCUGAAGAACACCCAGUUUAAGAACAGAGCUGGUGACCAGGUGUUUGUGGAUGAGAAUAGACGCCCUGAAGCUCAGUAUGCCCUUAUGAACUACGUGUUCUUGAAUAAAGAUGCUGAUAUUCUUCGGAAUGUUCCCUCUGCAGUCUGCAGCGACAGUUGUCAGGCUGGAUUCAGGAAGUCCCCUUUGGAGGGGAAGGCUCCCUGUUGUUUCAACUGCUCCCCAUGCUCAGAAGGGGAGAUUUCCAGUCAGAUGGAUACAGAGCAGUGCAAGAAGUGCCCAGAGGAUGAAUAUCCCCAUGAGCAGAGAGAUCGCUGCCUCCCCAAGACUGUGACCUUCCUGGGUGUGAAAGAAACUUGGGGGAAGGCCUUGGCUUUUGUGGCUGUUUUGUUUUCAUUUCUGACUCUCCUGGUCCUAUGGGUCUUUGUGAAGUUCCAAGACACUCCCAUAGUCCAAGCCAAUAACAGGAACCUCAGCUACCUGCUCCUCACCUCCCUUUCCUCCUGCUUCCUCUGCUCCUUGCUCUUCCUGGGCCGUCCCACCGCUGCUUCCUGCCUUCUCCGACAAACAAUAUUUGCAGUUGUGUUCACGGUGGCUGUUUCCUCCAUUUUGGCCAAAACCAUCAUAGUGGUUCUGGCUUUCAGGGUGACAGGGCCAGGGAGCAGGAUGCGGAUGUUCCUUCAUCCCAGAGUGCCCUACUGUGUGGUUCUCAUCUGCUCCGGAAUCCAAGGGCUUUUAUGUGCCAUCUGGUUGGGGACCCAUCCCCCCUUUCCAGAGGCAGACACACGCUCUGAAUCCAGGCACAUCAUCCUCACAUGUAACGAGGGCUCCACCUUUGCAUUUUACUGUGUCCUGGGCUACAUGGGCUUUCUGGCCCUGGGCAGCUUCACCAUAGCCUUCCUGGCCAGGAACCUACCCAAUGCUUUCAACGAAACCAAGUUCAUCACUUUCAGCAUGCUGGUGUUUUGCAGCGUCUGGGUCUCUUUCCUCCCCACAUAUCAGAGCUCCAAAGGAAAAGCCGUGAUGAUCGUGGAGAUCUUCUCCAUCUUGGCCUCCAGUGCCGGGUUACUGGGCUGCAUUUUUAUUCCCAAAUGCUAUGUGAUCCUCCUGACAUCAUGGGAAAAUAUCCCAAAUCAGAUCAACACUCAAAGGGGUUCAAGAAGCAGGAAGUUUUCUUUUUCUUAAUUUAAUAUGUUUAUUUUCCCCAGUUACAUGUUAUUAAAUAAAAAGCCAGUAGCUUACCUUGGA